AACAAAUUUAGUCACAAUUUAUACGGGAAUAAAAGCGGUUACAAAACUUUAAUAACGGAUUAGGCGUUUCAAACAAGAAAACUAAAAUUUUAAACUUGGUUUAGUUCAAAAAAAAUCCAGGAAAAAUUUUGUUAUAAAUUCUUAAACAUUGUACCUAUUGAAGAUGUUCAAGUUGGGCAUAUUUCUUUUACCAGUUCUCCUAAUUGUUGUUUGUCUGCUGCGACUAGCAAAUGCCACUGUACAACCCAGAGCGCCAAAUUUUCAAUAUUUUGAAAGACCAAAGUAUCGCUACCCUUAUUAUGAUUCCAACGGACGUGGUAAAUUGUUAUAUGGAUAUGGUGGACCAGAUCUAUAUCAGUACAAAACUUAUACCCCACUUGAAGGCAUACAUUGAAAUUCAGGCAUUAUAGUCAAUAUUUAUUAAUAAGUUAGUUAAUUUAUUUUAUAAGAUUUCAAGAAGUAAAUUAAAUAUUUUUAUACAUGUUUAUUAAUUAUAUGUGUAGUUGCAAUAAAAAAAAUAUAUUUUUCGAA